AUGUCGAAUCAAGCGUCGAGCGCACUAUUCAACGACUUCCGCCCUGGGUUCCUGGAUAACGAUGAAGAUGGCGAGGAAGCAGGAGCCACAGGGGAAGCCUGGAGAGAGUUCAGCACCCAGGAGAGGAUACCUCCUCCCCCUAGCCUUUCGCCUACGUCGUCAAAGAAAGAUGGAGACUCGGCGCCGCCUGAUGCUACCGCCAUGGUAGUCGAUCAAGACGAACGGGACGCGGGGAAGGGAAAAGGAGACGCCAUAUGGGCUCCCUUUGCGAACCAGAAGGAGGCUUCCGAAUGGUUUUCGAGACUUCCCGACCGCCAUGCCGCAGCUAUCCUAGGCGACUUCAUAUCGGCGGGCGUCGUUACAGGCGGGGACCCUCAACGCCAGGUCUUUCCGAAGAACGCUGACUUUCCCUUGUCGUUUAAAUUGUCGGAAACAGGAGAGAGCACGGGGGGAAAUGAGCAAGGGACAAGCGCUGAUGCAAGCGCAAUUCGAGCGGCUAUGGAGUCGACGGUCAAGGAGGCAUUGGAUGGGCUAGAUCCCCGAGUGCGGGAAGAGAUCCUAGCUGAUCCAGAUGGUCUCUUCGAUCUUGCUUCCUUGGACGGAGGCGCGAUUCCGACCGACCUAAUCGAUGCCCAGCUCAACUACAUGUCGGCCUGGCUUUCGACGCUCGUGAACCACUAUCUGCACAGCUGUGAGAUGCAGGACAAACUCAAGGAGCACCUCAAGGUCGUGAUGAGCGCGGUUACCUUGCGCGACCAGAGUAUUGUCUUGGCCGAAGCCAUUCAGGGUAUGACGACCCUUUUGGACCUCAAGUAA